GAAUAAUUGACGCGAUUUUUCAGCGGCUUACGUGCCGGCGGCGUAAGAUUGUCUUUUGUUCCUUGGUUUUCAUCGUCUACGAACGUGAUCUCGACCCGGGGACAUUUUUAACAAUCAAGCGACGAAGAGGCGGCCUUUACCUGUGGAUAUAUAAGAGUUUUCAUUGAAUAUGUCAACACUCGCAAUGACAUCGUCGAAGAGGGCGAAGGUGACGUUUGUAGUAGCUGCAAUUGUUACUUGUUUCGGCUGCCUUGCGACACCUUUGCAAGAUGACCGCUUGGAGAUGGCUUUGGAUCGUGUACUAGGGUAUAUUCUGGAGCAUAACGAGCAUAUUAACGUGGACGGACUCUUCGGGGUAGUUUUUGCUCAAGUACAUCUGGACGCCGUGCUGAAGAAUAAGUUAUCUCCGAAUGAACGUGUUCGUCUGCAAAAGCUUAAAAACAAAGCAGACCUUAUCUACGCCGUCAUCAAACCGCAUCUAUACAAUGGCGAUCAGAACCAAAUCACUUUUGUGGAAGAAAUAGUUGAUACGGAUUUGUGGCACCGAGAUAUUGACUUUCGUCGUGGACUGGUAACACCAAUGCCGCCGAAAACAACCAGAUUUAGUUUUGACACUUAUGACGAGUACAUAGCCUAUCUCAGCUCCAGUAACAUGUCCGAAACCCAAUCGGAUGAAUGCAUGCUGCAACUUAUUGCGAGCGGUUCGCGCACCUACCUUCACGAAUGUCAUCUCAGCAGAAAUUGCCGCCAUCGUAUGGUGGAUGAUCCACACUACGACCCUACUUACGGUAUCACACAUAGAUUAUUGUAUCUUCAAAUUGGUCGUGCCAGAUUAUGCGCGAUGAAUUCUCAGUGGUAUCGAAUGCAGACCAGAAAUUAUUGCUCGUAUAUUCUUUGGGAGGCAGCGAAGAAUGCAAAUUUUGGUUUCCUUGAUGAAUUGGACGACGUCUUGUUUGAGCAGAUGACGCUGUGCGGUUAUGAAGGUUUUGCGGAGUUUCUUGCUCCCGAAUAUGUGGAGCACGUGCUUGACGCACAGACGGCACACGGUUGUUAUGGCAUCCCAGCGCUCCAGCGCAGCGGCAGCGUGGAGGCGGCGCGUGUCCGUCGUAGUGCCAAUCUCAUUACAUAUGGUUGCAACGACCACACCACAGGUCUAGGCGCAUCUACGCUCGCACUUGCUUUGCGAUUUCAAAAAAUGCAACAAAAUAUUUCAACAGUAUAUUAAUGAAAUAUAAAAAAUAUAUCAAUUAACAGUACGUCAUAAUAAUAAAUAAUUACAAAUUAUACUCA